AUGACUGUCACAGUGAAAGGGGAGGAAGAAGCUGUGUUAGUGAAGGAGGAGGGAGAUGACUGUCACAGUGACCGGGAGGAAGAAGCUGUGUUAGUGAAGGAGGAAGAGGAGAUGACUGUCACAGUGAAAGGGGAGGAAGAAGCUGUGUUAGUGAAGGAGGAAGAGGAGGGGGAGAUGACUGUCACAGGGAAAGUGGAGGAAGAAGCUGUGUUGGUGAAGGAGGAAGAGGACGUUUUUAGAGUGAAAGAGGAGGAAGAAAAGGAAGAUAUGACUGUCACAGUGAAAGAGGGGGAGGAGGGUGAAGAGGAGGAGAAGAAGGGUGAAGAGGAGGACACUGGAGAUCUGAUUAACACCAGUGAGAGACAUGACUAUUGUGGAUCCUCUGGGGAGCCUCAACAACAUCCUGAUGCUGACGAGGCAGAGAAGAGUCUCUCCAGAUCAGAACACAAGAUGGACAACGCUAGCCCUUCCUCCCUCCUGGAGUCCCUGUGUCGUGCCUCUCCCGGUAGCACCUUACUGCUGGGUAUGAAGAGGUUGUCUGUGCUGCUGGUGGACUGCAGGAAAACAACGGGGCUGAGUGGAACUGUGAGAGGAGGAGAAGAGAAGAAAGGAUCAGAUUUGACACGUCAAAGAGAGAGGCCAGACUCUCGCUCUGACACUAGGAAGAGUCCUACAGGGGAAUCGGCCCCAGAGACAUCCAAACCAGCAAGACCCCACCACUGUUCCCAGUGUGGAAAGAGAUUUAUCCGGUUAGGGCACCUGAAACAACAUAAGAGAACACAUACAGGGGAGAAGCCUUAUCACUGCUCCCAGUGUGGAAAGGGUUUUGGACAGUCAGGUUAUCUAAAAGUGCAUGAAAGAAUACAUACUGGAGAGAAGCCAUAUCAAUGCUCACAGUGUGAAAAUACAUUUUUGUCAUCAGGGUACCUGAAAUCACAUGAGAAAACACACUUAGUAGAGAGGCCUUUCCAAUGCUCUCGGUGUGGAAAGGGAUUUAUCCAUUCAUCGCAUCUGAUAGAGCAUGAAAGAAUACACACAGGAGAGAAGCCAUUCCAAUGCUCCCAGUGUGGAAAGAGUUUUACCCAGAGAGGGAAGCUGACAAAUCAUGAAAGAAGACAUACAGGUGAGAAGCCUCAUCACUGCUCUCGGUGUGGAAAGGGUUUUGGACAGUCAGGGCAUUUAAAAGUGCAUGAAAGAACACACACUGGAGAGAAGCCAUAUCAAUGCUCCCAGUGUGAAAAGACAUUUUUGUCAUCAGGGUACCUGAAAUCACAUGAGAAAACACACUUAGUAGAGAGGCCUUUCCAAUGCUCUCAGUGUGGAAAGGGAUUUAUCCAGUCAUCGCAUCUGAAAGACCAUGAAAGAAUACACACAGGAGAGAAGCCAUUCCAAUGCUCCCAGUGUGGAAAUAGUUUUACCCAGAGAGGGAAGCUGAAAGAUCAUGAAAGAACACAUACAGGGGAGAAGCCUUAUCACUGCUCUCAGUGUGGAAAGAGUUUUGGACAGUCAGGGCAUUUAAAAGUGCAUGAAAGAAGACACACUGGAGAGAAGCCGUAUCAAUGCUCCCAGUGUGAAAAUAAAUUUUUCUCAUCAGGGGACCUGAAAUCACAUGAGAGAACACACUUAGUAGAGAGGCCUUUCCAAUGCUCUCGGUGUGGAAAGGGAUAUAUUCACUCAUGGCAUCUGAAAGAGCAUAUGAGAAUACACACGAGAACAACCAUUCCAGUGCUCUGUGUGGAAAGGGGUUUAACUGGGUACCAGGAGGUGGCGAUGAGAGUUUUUCAGCUAAGUAACAUUAGGCUAAUGCUAACUAGCUUUCUAACAUCCUCGACCAUGAGUUCACUAAGCUACUCCCUCCCUGCUAAAGAAGAGGAGAAAGAAGCCCCCGUGAAAGAGGAGAAGGAAGAGGAGGCUGUCACAGUUAAACAAGAAGUAGAGGAUGAGGCUGUUACUACAGUGAAAGAGGAAGAAUUUACAUUGAAAGAGGAAGAAGUUACGGUGAAAGAAGAGGAAGAAUCUUUAAGAGUGAAAGAGGGAAUGAAGGAGGAGGGGGAGAUUACUGUCACAUUGGAGGAGACUGGAGAUCUGAUUAACACCAGAGAAAGACCAGACUCCCAGGAACCAGAGCCAGGGACGUCCAAACCAGCAAGACGACGCAACUGCUCCCACUGUGGAAAGGGUUUUAACCAGUUAGGGGACCUGAAAACACAUGAGAGAAUACAUACAGGAGAGAAGCCAUACCACUGCUCCAAGUGUGAAAAAGGUUUUAACCAGUUAGGAAACUUGAAGCGGCAUGAGAGAAUACAUACAGGAGAAAAGCCGUACCACUGCUCCCACUGUGGAAAGGGUUUUAACCAGUUGUGGGACCUGAAAGGCCACAAGACUUUGCACACAGCGGAGAAGCCUUAUCACUGCUCCCUUUGCGGAAAGAGUUUUACCGUGUUAGGGAGCUUGAAAAUACAUGAGAUAAAUCACACAAGGGAGAAGCCUUACCACUGCUCCCAGUGUGAAAACAGUUUUACCGAGUUAGGGAGCCUGAAAAUACACGAGAGAAUACACACAGGAGAAAAGCCUUACUACUGCUCCCAGUGUGGAAAGAGAUUUACCCAGUUAGGAAGUCUGAAAGAGCAUAAGAUACUGCAUACAAGGGAGAAGCCUUACCCCUGCUUCCUUUGUGUAAAGAGAUUUUCCUCAUCAGGGUGCCUGAAAAGACAUGAGAGGACACACACAGGCGAUAAACCUUUCCAAUGCUCCCAGUGUGUAAAGAGUUUUUCCUUGUUAGCAAGCCUGAAAAGACAUGAGAGGACACACACAGGAAAUAAGACUCAUCACUGCCCCCAGUGUGGAAAGAGUUUUAACCUUAAAGAAUACCUGAAAGUGCAUGCGAGAAUACACACAGGGGAGAAGCUAGAGAAGCAUUUCCACUGCUCCCAGUGUGGAAAGAGUUUUUUCUUGUUAGCGAGCCUGAAAAGACAUGAGAGGACACACACAGGAAAUAAGCCUCAUCACUGCUCCCAGUGUGGAAAGAGUUUUAAGCUGAAAGGACAACUGAACCAGCAUGAGAGAAUACACACAGGGGAGAAGCCAUACCACUGCUCCCAAUGUGAAAAGAGUUUUGCCUGGUUAGGGGACCUGAGAAGACAUGAGAGGACGCACACGGGAGAGAAGCCUCAUCACUGCUCCCAGUGUGGAAAGAGUUUUACCCAGUUAAGACACAUGAAAAGACAUGAGAUAAUACACACAGAAGAUACGAACGUAGGCUGAACAGUGGGACAGAGGACAAAUGUAGGCUGCUGAACAGUAGGACAUAGGACAGAUAUAGACUGAACAGUGGGUCAUAGAACAGAUGAAGGCCCAAUUAAUGGUGGGUCAGUAGUCCCCAGAGACUCUGAAUGUGUCUUGACUUUCCAGUGUUUUCCCUCCUGCAUGUAUUAUAAAGGAUCGUGUUUGUGGAUGUGUUUUCUGGGUGAGGGUUUGGUUUGUGCCCGAGCACAGUUGAUUCAAAUAACCAACUCAUCAUCAAGCUUUUUCUUAUUUGAAUGGGCUGUGUAGUGUUAGAGGACCUGAAAAGAAUACAGAGGUUUUGUUCUGGCUGUUGUUUUUGACUGAGAAUUGUUCUGACUUCUCUCUUUUUCUUUAAGUUGUUGAAAUGUUCCCGGAAUCACUGACCUUCACAUCUUAAAGUAAUGAUGGACUAUCUUCUGUAUAUCACAUCUUAAAGUAAUGAUGGACUCAUCAUUUAGCUCUUCUGUAUAUCACAUCUUAAAGUAAUGAUGGACUAUCUUCUGUAUAUCACAUCUUAAAGUAAUGAUGGACUCAUCAUUUAGCUCUUCUGUAUAUCACAUCUUAAAGUAAUGAUGGACUAUCUUCUGUAUAUCACAUCUUAAAGUAAUGAUGGACUAUCAUUUAGCUGUCUUCAGUAUACCACCCUACCUUGUCACAACACAACUGAUUGGCUCAAACGCAUUAAGAAGGAAAGAAAUUCCACAAAUUAACUUUUAACAAGGCACACCUGUUAAUUGAAAUACAUUCUGGGUGACAUCCUCAUGAAGCUGGUUGAGAGAAUGCCAAGAGUGUGCGAAGCUGUCAUCAAGACAAAGGGUGGUUACUUUGAAGAAUCUCAAAUAUAAAAUAUAUUUGGAUUUGUUUAACACUUUUUUGGCUACUAAAUGAUUCCAUAUGUGUUAUUUCAUAGUUUUGAUGUCUUCACUAUUAUUCUACAAUGUAUAAAGUAGUAAAAAUUAAUAAAAAUCCUUGAAUGAG